CUAAAUUUAAACAAAUUCAAAUCUUGGGUUUGAAAUCUAAGUUUCCCAAAAGUAGGUCAGCCCACUUAGCUGAAUUUUUCUUUUACUUUUGAAAUAAAAAUGAUAUGAAUUAAUGAAGUAUGAUCUUCUCAACAAACAAAUGGGACUUCAGAGUGUAAGCUAUAUUUAAUUUUUACACGGAGAUUUGAUUGGAUUUGCUUGAGAGCUUACUAGUAUAGUGGGAAAAUGGUGCAGGAUUUUAGAGAAAAGUGCACUGCUUUCUAUUCGGACUUUAAAUUUUUGCUGAAGUUUUAAACUGUAAAAAUAAUAGCUAAUGACUAGGGGCCCUCAUCAUGGUUAUUUCCAAAUAAUUUUGUCCUCCAAAUGCUAUAUGAUCAUGAGCAAAGAUUUUCAUCCUUUGUCCAGGAAAUGGUCUGUCCUAAGAUCCAUUUCCAGAGUUUUGCCCUUUUUUUUUUUUGGCUGGUUUAUUCAAAGAGCUUUUGGAGGUGGAAACACAACAAUCUUUUCCCUUCACAAAUUUCAAUUUAAAUAAUUCUCCAUUAAUGCUUCAAAUGGGAAUAUGAAUGUUGCUUUAAUGUUAUUUUAUGCUGAAAAAGUGCUACACACAGCUUUGGUGUUGCACUGCUGCUGAAGUGAAAGACAUUGGGAAGGUUGGAGAUUAAGUGAACAUAGUGAGGCGAAUGUGAUCUGAAAAAAUAUAAUCAUUUUGGUCUAUCUUCCCGUGGUAACUGUUCAUUUCUUGCACUGGGCAUGCUUCAAGGGGAAAAGUCAAAAGUGGUUCUGUUAGAGCAUUUAUUUAUUUAUUUAUUUUUUAAAUGCUAACAAAGCAAUUUCUAUUUGGUGGUGUGUUUUAGGUUCAAUGGUGGCAAUUUUGUGACAACCAAAAUCUCUGUUUCCAGGGUUAUGGACAAUGGAGUGUGCUUAAUGUAAUAUUCUAUGGAGCAAGUGUUUAUCAGCCAGCCUUCAAGUCUUUCAAAACUCAUCCUCAUGAUUAUGAUAAUUGUUAUUGUCAUCUCACUGUUAAUUACGAUCACAUAAUUCAGGAAUAAGUUUUAGAAAUUAAAGUGGAAACUAAAGCUACCAGUUCCCCAAAGGAUUGAUUUGGGUGCAAAGGGCUUGGUUUUAAAAUUGGUGGGGAGCAAAAUUCUGAAAUUUAUAAACACAACUUGUGUGGUGCGACACAGUACUGGAGCCAAAUGAAAUAUAUACUUAUUCUUGUGAUUUUUAACACGCAAGAUCAGACUCUGCGGUUGUCUUUGUGGAUCUUCAGUGAUUGAUUCAAAGUUCAUGGAUGUGGUUAUUUAUGAAAUCUUACCAUCUGUUUUCUUUUAGAACUAAAUCAACAAAUGGAAGGAAAUGUUCUAAUUUUCUAUGCUUGAGUUCUCCCCUUGAACGCGAUCUUGAAAUUCUGUUGAAGCUCAAGUCCACCAUGGUGGAAGCAACAAGAGGUUUAAGAGUAUUGGAGGACUGGGUACAUUCGUUGUCUCCAUCUGCACACUGCUCUUUCUCGGGAGUUUCAUGUGACAAUGACUCUCGAGUGAUCGCUCUCAAUGUAUCUUAUCUUCCUCUCUUUGGUUCAAUUCCUCCUGAGGUUGGGCUGUUGAAAAAGCUUGUUAAUCUUACAUUAGCCUCCAACAAUCUCACUGGGAUACUACCUGUGGAGAUGGCAAAUCUAACAUCUAUCAAACUCCUCGACAUCUCCAACAACAACUUAACUGGUCACUUCCCAGGAAACAUUUUCGAUGGAAUGACACAACUCGAGAUACUUAAUGCCUACAACAAUGACUUCAUGGGGUUGCUUCCUAUGGAGGUUGUGCAGUUGAAGAGGCUCAAGCAUUUGGAGAUGGGUGGGAAUUACUUCUCUGGAGAGAUUCCUUCCAUUUACUCUGAAAUUCAGAGCUUGGAGUACUUGAGCUUGAGGGGAAAUGGACUUACAGGCAGGGUCCCUGCCAGUUUGGCCAAGUUGAUGAACCUCCAAGAAUUGUACCUUGGCUACUUCAAUGCUUAUGAAGGUGGUAUACCGCCUGAGUUUGGAUUUUUGAGAUUGUUGCGAGUCCUUGACAUGGGAAACUGUAGCCUCUCUGGUGAGAUUCCUGCAAGUCUAGGCAAUUUGGAGAAAUUAGAACAUUUGUUUCUCCAAAUAAAUCGACUCUCGGGUCAUAUACCUGCGGAACUCUCUGGCCUGGUCAGCCUGAAAUUUCUUGAUCUCUCAAUCAAUGAACUCACUGGUGAGUUACCAGGAAGCUUCUCAAGGCUCAAUAACCUGAUGUUGAUCAAUCUGUUUCAGAACCACCUGCAAGGUCGAAUCCCCUCAUUUGUUGGUGACAUUUCGAAUCUUGAAAUACUGCAAGUGUGGGAGAAUAAUUUCACGUUUGAACUACCAAAAAAUCUUGGCAGCAAUGGGAAGCUAGUCUGGCUUGAUGUUUCUUCUAAUCGCCUCUCGGGUGCUAUACCUCAAGACCUGUGCAAAAGCAGGAGAUUGGAGGGUCUAAUUUUGAUGAUAAAUUUCUUCCAUGGAUCCAUUCCAGAAGUACUUGGUGACUGUAAGUCAUUGGUGAGGCUGCGAAUGAAGAAGAAUUUACUUAGUGGAACUAUUCCUCCAGCAAUCUUCAACCUGCCAUUAGUAGAGAUACUUGAGCUGAAUGAUAACUGCUUCACUGGUGAGCUUCCUUCAAAGACUUCAGGUGACAAGCUCAGCUUUCUUACAGUGUCUAACAAUUUGAUCAAUGGAAGAAUUCCACCAGCUAUUGGGAAUUUAACAAAGUUACAGACUCUAUCCCUUGAAAUGAACAGAUUCUCUGGUGAAAUUCCAAAGGAGAUCUUUGAUUUAAAGACGUUGAUUAGGAUCAACAUUAGUGUCAACAACAUUAGCGGAGAAAUUCCAACUGCAAUCUUCCACUGUUCCUCUUUAGGCUCCAUUGAUUUUAGUAGGAACAAUCUACACGGAAAAAUCCCAAAAGGGAUUGCUCAACUUGAGAUCUUGAACACACUCAAUUUGUCAAAGAACCAAUUCAGUGGACACGUCCCGAUUGAUGAGAUCAAAUCAAUGACAAGCCUCACUACUCUUGAUCUUUCCCACAAUAACUUCUCUGGUACAAUUCCAAACACUGGGCAGUUUCUGGUCUUCAAUGAAAGCUCCUUUACUGGCAAUCCCGACCUCCUUUACUUGCACAAUCCUUCUUCCUCAUUGAUGUCGAAUCCAGCUCAAGCAUCAGGAAAAAAGUGGCAGACAACAAAAUGGCGCAAUUUUUCAUAUCAGUUCAUCAUAAUAAUACUACUUGUUACUGCUGUGCUACUAGUGCUCACACUCACAGUUUAUAACAUCAUUAGGAAACUGCUAAUAUCAAAAACUUGGAAGCUCACAGCAUUCCAGCGACUUAGCUUCAGUGCUAGAGAUGUGGUUGAAUGCUUAAAAGAAGAGAACAUUAUUGCAACGGAUGUUGCUGGGACUACCUAUCAUGGGUGCAUGCCUAAUGGUGUUCAUGUUGUGAUUAAACAUAUGGUGAAGCAAUGCAGCAGGAGAAGCAAUAUCAAUGACUUAAUCCAUGCCCUAGGAACGGUUCGACACCGAAACAUCGUGAAAUUUUUUGGGUACAUGUUAAAUGAACACUCAAGCCUGCUGCUGUACGAGUACAUUCCAAACGGGAGCUUGGGAGAGCUACUGCAUGGGCCAAUGGGCGUGCACUUGCAAUGGGAGAGCAGGCGUCGGAUAGCGAUGGAAGUUGCACAGGGUCUUUCUUAUCUUCACCAUGACUGCUCAACUCCAAUUACUCAUGACAAUUUGACAUCAAACAGCAUAUGGCUUGAUUCCGACUUCAAUGCUCAUCUGGCUGAUUUUGGGCUCACCAUGUUCACACUUGCUGGCUCUCAUGGAUGCGUGAUGCCAGAAGUAGAUGAAAAGAGCAAUGUGUACAGCUUUGGUGUUGUGCUGCUGGAGCUGAUCACGGGGCAAAAGCCUGUGGGAGGGGAGGUGGGAGAUGAGGGGAUGGAUAUAGUCAAGUGGGUCCAAAGAGCUACAUCAGAGGCAUCUGGGCCGUAUGCAGCCUCAGCGGGGGCACUGGUGGACCCCAGGCUGAGUGGGUACCCACUGCCAGGUGUCAUAUCUGUGUUAAGGAUAGCCAUGAUGUGCGUGGAGGAGGAGAGCUCGGCAAGGCCUACCAUGAGGGAGGUUCUCCACAUGCUCACUGCAUCACCUUAGGCUGCUCAUACUGUGAGCUCAAUAGCUAGGUAGUAAAGCAAAUUGUAAGGUCUGUUAAGGAGAAUGGUGAUAUAUGUCAUUUGCUGUUUCAUUUUUUUUUUCUUAAGGUGUAAUGAAAUGUUUGGAAGGACUUAUAAUGUAUGUAACUUUUCACUCAAAUAAAUUAUUUUUUAUUUGAAUUGC